AUGACCGUUGGGCAGUGCCAGGCGUACCUGCGGUUCCACCGCCUGCGAGUGAGCGGCGCCAAGCCCGUCCUCGUCAGCCGCAUUCAGGAGCACGUCGAGAUCAACGAUGUCGCGUCAGCCAUGCGCAAGUACCCGCCCGAAUCCUUCUCCAUCCACUGCAAAGGCGACGUGUGCAGGAACGACGUGGUGCUCUUCAAGCAGUGCCUCUUCAAAGGGCACAAGAAGAACUGUCCGGGAUGUCUGCAAGUGGCGGGGCGAGUGAUCAUCGAGAGCUACGGCGAAUUGAAGCAGCAGCACACCUUCACUCUCGGGCUUGCAGCCUUUGCCGCCACUCAAGCAGCACAUGCUGAAGGGGAGAAAGCUGUACGGGUUUUCAACGCACCGCCAGCCUUGGAGCAACGAGGCUCGGAGAGGGGGGCUGUCCUGGAAGAGAAGCACGCGAGGGGAGGCGCAUCUCGCAGUGUUUGCAGCGUGCGCAAGGAGAUUGCUCUGGUGGCGCGGCGUGCAGCUUCCUUAAUGGUUCCUCGUUCUCUGUUCUCCCCUGCCCUUUUACAGCCUUGGCCCAACGAGGCGGAGAGAGUUGCAGUGCUGGCUGAAAAACACGCGAGAGGAGGCGCGGCCCGCACCGUUCGGGACGUGCGCAAGGAGAGGGUUUGGGUGGAGAGGCGUGCAGCAGCACGGAAAGCAGCAGGCGAGGCAGCUGUGGAAGCUGCCGCGAAGGCGCCGCAAGGACUGGUGAUAGGAGGGCUGGUGGGUGCGCGGCGUGGGAGGGAAGGGCGGGCAGUUGAGGUGCGUGAGGAACAUGCAGUGGGGAAUUUAGGUGCUGGAGAGAAUGAUGCAGCUGCAGGGAGAGUGGAACGGGCAGCUGAAGAGGAGAGAGCAGCUGAAGAGGCGAGAGCAGCUGAAGAGGAGAGAGCAGCUGAAGAGGAGAGAGCAGCUGAAGAGGCGAGAGCAGCUGAAGAGGAGAGAGCAGCUGAAGAGGAGAGAGCAGCUGAAGAGGCGAGAGCAGCUGAAGAGGAGAGAGCAGCUGAAGCAGCAGCAGCAGCUGAAGAGGCGAGAGCAGCUGAAGAGGCGAGAGCAGCUGAAGAGACGAGAGCAGCUGAAGCAGCAGCAGCAGCUGAAGAGGCGAGAGCAGCUGAAGAGGCGAGAGCAGCUGAAGAGGCGAGAGCAGCUGAAGAGGCGAGAGCAGCUGAAGCGGAGAGAGCGGCUGAAGCGGAGAGAGCGGCUGAAGCGGAGAGAGCGGCUGAAGCGGAGAGAGCGGCUGAAGCGGAGAGAGCGGCUGAAGCGGAGAGAGCGGCUGAAGCGGAGAGAGCGGCUGAAGCAGCAACAGCAGCGAUGCAGCGGCUGGCGAUACGAGGAGGAGUGGGUGGUGCAGCUGGGGUGACUGGGACCAAAGGUCGAGGCAGCCAAGCAAGAAAAGGAAAAAGUCUGCGAGAGCCUGCGACAAACAACGGGAAUGAGAGGGAGGAGUGGGAGAGGGGGCGAGAGCCUGCGACAAACAAAACGCCCUUGCGCAGUCAGGCGGUGAACGUGAGUGCAGUGAGAUGUGACUCAAGGGACAGGGAGAUACUGAAGCGGGAGAGGGCACGCGUGGGGAAUGAGAAAGGGGGGGGAGCUGAUGCAGUGGCGGGGAAUGGCAGUCGUGUGGAGUCAGGCGGGGGUGUGAUGGGUGGGGGUGGUCCUGUGGAGGCGACUGUGCUGAAACACCACAACCAGCCAACGGGAGAGCGGCGCUACAAAGCAGGGCGGGGUUUACGGGUAGCCGAGAAGCUCUACCACUCCUACCGGCAGUGCUUUUCUGUCGCACUGCAGCGCGCCCUGGCAGACGCGCUCAUGGGUAAGAGCUUGUCGGGCUUUGACGCCGGGGCAGCUUCUACACACUACCAGGAGGAGCCUCUUAGCCUCGGAGAUCUCAUGCAUGUGAUUGAGCCGUGGCAUUAG